AUGGUGACUCACAGGGGAAUCGAGGUCAACCCCGAUCAAAUCAAAGCCAUUAAUAGUUUACAACCACCCCAAAAUCCCAAAGAGAUCCAGAAGCUUACCGAAAUAACAGCUGCCUUCAACCAGUUUAAUUUUGGGUCUGCAGAUAGGUGCAGACCCUUCUUUCUCUUGAUGAAUAAGUGGAAGGGAUUUGAGUGGACCGAGAAAUGUGCUUUGGCUUUCCAGCAACUUAAAGAAUAUCUAUCUCAACUGCCUAUCAUGUCCAAUCCUGAGGUGGAUGAGGUUUUGUUUGCUUAUAUCGCUGUGGCCCCUCAUGCUGUAAGUUUGGUGUUGAUACAAGUUUACAGUGGCGUACAAUGGCCAGUCUACUAUGUGAGCAAGUCACUACAUGAGGCCAAGAUUCACUACCUACCACUAGAGAAAGCCAUCUUGGUGGUAGUGCAUGGCUUCUCGGCUACAAAUAAUGAGGCAGAAUAUGAAGUUUUGUUGGAAGGAAUGUCCAUGGUUCAAAAAAUGGGAGGAAAGGCAGUAAAGAUGUUCUCGGACUUAAGACUGGUCGUUGGCCAGGUGAAGGGCGAAUUAGAAGCAAGAGAUAAGAGAAUGAAAGGGCGCUUAAGUCAAGUUAGGCAUUUGCAAUCAGGAUUUGAAUCAUUCAGCUUACUGCACGUCCCUAGAAGUGGAAACACACAUGCUGAUUCCCUAGCCACGCUUGCAACCGCCUUGGCACAGAGCUUACCUCGAGUUAUCCUUAUAGAAGACUUGUGCAAACCACAGAGGUAUUCCACUUCAGCUUAUCCUCAAGGAAAUGGACAAGCCGAGGCUGUUAACAAGGUCAUAGUGUAUGGACUGAAGAAAAGCGGAGAUGGGUAG